AUGUCAAAGUUAUUUCUCCCACCGCGCGAAACUGGCGGUAAGACUUCGGGAUCGUGGAAGUUCAUCCCCAAUUCAUUCGUACUCGCACACGGAUUUCCGUUUGGGUCGCCAACCAACAUCUACAUUCCAUCCUCUCCACCUCCUCCUCUCCUCGCUUCUCACCACUCAUCCUCUCCUCUCCACAAUCCCUCUCAAAACCACUCAAGGCCGAGUGACCGCGCAAAUCCACAGCCUCCUCUCCUCCACGAUUCCCCAGGCGCUGCCGGUGUAGCUUCGGGUAUUUCAUGGCAUAACCUGAAUCCCCAUCCACCCAUCCACCCAUACGUAGAUACCUUGGUUUCGCGGCUCGUUCUAACAGCCGACCAAAUAUCGAACAGGAACAUCCGACCACCCAAAUCACUGCCAUUCUCAGCAUGA